UCUGGGUGACGGUUGGCAGAUGUUGGAGGGAGUGGGGCCGCCGUCGGCAGCGGCCGGGAGAGAGAGGGGCAAGGUAUCAUGUCGGUGUCGGUUCAAAUCGGGAGGCGGAGAGGAGAGUGGAGGCCGAGCACCAUCGGCUGAGAGAGAAGGAGGGCCUGUCACCUCAUACUCACAACCCCCCCACCCCCUUCCAGGAAACGGAUAUCCUCCAGUUGGCCUGCUGCACUGCUUUCUUCCGGGAGUCUUUAGCCGCGGUCUAAAUUGUUGCGCCUGUGCCGGCUGAUAAUGGUCCCGUGUGGGAUCACCGUGUGCCCGACGAUAGGCUGCUGAGAGUGCAGCCGAUUUAUAUAGAGUAACCAGGAGCCCAUAGCUCUGCCCCUUUUCCUCCCCGCCUUUCUGUAUUUUAUAGUUCAUUAUUGUUAGCAGCAGCUCCGGUACUUUGAUCGGUAUCAGUUACGUGGCGGGGGUUGCCGCUUCCCCGACGGUCAACAUGAGGUUCCGUAUUUACAAGAGGAAAGUGCUGCUCUUGGCUCUCCUCAUGCUGCUCGCUGCCUUCGUCUUGUGGACCGGCGGAAAGCAGAGGAAAAACGAAGCUUUUCCGAGGGAAGACCAAACUUCACGGAGCAGCGGGAGAGCGGGCACCGGGAACCCGAGUAGGAAAGUUUCCAACGAGUCUCAGGCGAGCAAGUUCGAAAAGCCCGAGGUCGAUAACCUGACUGUGGUGUACCGCGGCAUCGUUUUCCAGCUGAACUUUGAUCAAACAGUCAGAAACCAGGAAACCAUUAAGACCCGAUCCCCAAACGAUUUGGUGGUCGUUGUUCAAGUGCACAACAGACCGGAAUACUUGCAGAUCCUCGUCAAUUCUCUCAGAAAAGCCAAAGGAAUAGAGAACGUUCUACUGAUCUUCAGCCACGACUUUUGGUCUCCGCAGAUCAACCAGAUUGUAUCUAGCGUCGAUUUUUGCCAAGUGUUGCAAAUAUUUUUUCCAUUCAGUAUCCAGCUGUAUCCCAAUGAAUUCCCUGGACAUGAUCCCAGAGACUGCCCUCGUGACAUAAGCAAAGAGAAUGCUUUCAAGCUGGGUUGUAUCAACGCUGAAUAUCCAGAUUCAUUUGGCCAUUAUCGAGAAUCCAAAUUUUGUCAGACUAAACAUCACUGGUGGUGGAAGUUGCAUUUUGUUUGGGAAAGAGUAAAAAUUUUGGAAGAUCAUAAGGGGUUAGUGCUUUUCAUUGAAGAGGACCAUUAUUUGUCACCUGAUUUCUAUCAUGUCUUGAAAAACAUGUGGCUUCUCAAGACUGAAAGUUGCCCGGACUGUGAUAUAUUGACCCUUGGUACAUAUACACGUGUCAGUGAUUUCACAGAUAAAACCAGUAAAGUGGAAGUGAAAACCUGGCGAUCGACAGAACACAACAUGGGCAUGGCUAUGACUAGAGAGACAUAUCAAAAACUGAUACAGUGCACAGAUACUUUCUGUGCAUAUGAUGACUACAACUGGGACUGGACAUUACAGUAUUUAACGGUGUCCUGUCUGCCUCGGUAUUGGAAAGUUAUGGUCUGUGAGGCUCCUCGUAUUUUCCAUGCUGGCGAUUGUGGUAUGCAUCACAAGAAAACUUGCAUGCCAUCUGUUGAAGUUUCUAAAAUUGACAAAAUUAUAAGUAGCAACAUACAGCAUUUGUUUCCAGAAACAAUGGCAAUAAGUGAAAUAUAUCCUUUGGCUGCAAUCAGUCCACAUGUGAAGAAUGGGGGUUGGGGAGAUAUUAGGGACCAUGAACUUUGUGCAAGUUACCGUCGGCUCCAGUAAUUAUGUGGUAAAUCUCUAUAUCAGAUCAUGUCUUUAAUAGUUGUUUAGUUUUCACCUGUUAUAAAAAUGCAACAAUGGGAUACAAUCUUUGACUGUCAAGAUUAAAAAUAAAUGGCUAACCAAUGGCUCGGUUAAUAGCUACACCAGAAGGUGUUAUCAUUUGAGCUUUACAGAUUAGAAAGAUCCCAGGUGAUACCUGAUCUGUGAUGAGUUAGCUGAUUUUUAGCUAAGGUUGCAGUAGGAGGUGCUGCAAUUGGGUUUGACAUUUUCAGGGUUAUGUAGAGGAAAGAUCAGCUGUGAUGCUAAAUUCCUGACUAUCCAGUGAAAUUGCUGGAAAAUUAAUUUCGGCAAUGUUGGCUGAGGAUAGAUUCAGCUUGGCUGCAUACUGCCCAAAACUUUUCACUGACUGGGCCUACAUUUGCAGAUGCUGGCGACUACUGGUGCUUGUGGAUCUGUACUCAGUCAAAAGUUACUGCCUUUACAAGAAGAGCAGCAGAAUUUUGUGUUUGUUUAAAGGAAAAUAAGUCCUUGUAGCAAGAGUUCCAUUUUCUUCAUUAACUUUAUAUAUGUUCCGGUGUCUGAAGAGAAAAUGGUAUAUGCAACUGUAAGAAGGCAAAGAAGCCAAAGGUGCUCAUCUUAUGUUGUGGGUGUAAUUUUUAAGACUUCUGUUUUCAUCAUUCAGUUUAUUUUACAGAUGUUACUUGUUUAGCUCAGUGUUGUCACUGCACUUAGUGUUUCAGUUAACAAUAAGAAAAGUCCCAUAGUAAUAUGCCUUAAUGGGUGAUGUACUCAUGUGCCCCUUUAAAUCUAUCAUCCAAAUUACUUCUGCCACCUAUAACAAAACUGGAGCCAGAAAUACUAAGUGUUAUAUAUAGCUCAAAAUACUUCUUUCCAUAAAAUACCCAGACUUUUCAAAAUUCAAAUAGAAUUAAUAUGAAAAAUUAAUCAGCAAUCUAUUGUUUCAAACUGUAGUUUAAAAAAUCACCCACAAUGUGGCUGGAUGAAAAUUUCACCCACCACCACCUUAAAUCUUUAAUCUUGGUGACAAUACUGUUCACUUAAAGCACAAUUCUGUAACUAUUUGAAUCAGCAAUGCAGUAUUUUCAGUUAAAUGUUUGCAAUGACAUUUAAGAAAUCUAGCAUGUCUUCCCUUACCCUAUUCACCUCAGUGGUCUAUCAGGUUCAGCUUACUUAACUGAUGUUUCUUCAUGGCAAUUUGAGACACUGUUACGUACCUGAGACUUCUCAUUGUUCAAAAGCAAAUGCCUUGCUUGUAAUUUUUUUUUUUAUAUUUCACCUCAAAUAAAAGAACAGGAAAGCAAUUCUUUGUGAAAGUGGAAAAAGAUAUUUUAUCACAACAUACUUCAAUUUUUUCUGAAGACUUUGGUUUACACUGUAUUUUGCUUUUUAAACACUUUAAAUGUCUUCCCAAUAUGUAACUGCAUCAAUGGGAGGAAAGAACUAUGGAGCAUUUUUUUGUUUAAAGUAUUUACAGUAGAUGGAAGAAUAAUUGACAAAUGCAUUUUAAUUCAUUUGUGUGUGUGUUGAUAGCAAAGCCAAUCUUUGUUGUCCAUCCCCAGUCACCUUCGAAGAAAGUGGAGAAAACCUGCCUUGAACUGUUGCCUUCCAUGUGGUUGUAGGCACGCCCACAGUGCUGUUAAAGAGCUACAGGAUGUUUUCAUCUUUUAUCCACAAGGAAACUUAAGUAAAUGUUUCUGUGCCAUUCUAAUGAUAUCACCUUUUGGGAGUGCCUUGAUCCAGCAUGACUACACAGGAAACAAUAGUAACCGCAACAUUAAUUCAAAAAAUAAAAACCUGAGACUUCAAGAUGCAACAGUUCAAGGCACUUUACAGGAGCAUUAUUAAACAAAACAGGGCAAGGAGUCACACAUGGAGAUAUUAAGAAAGACAACUAAAAGCUUGGUCAAAGAGGCAUGUUUUAUGGAAUGUUUUAAAAAGGGAAAUUUGAGGCUAAAGAGAUGUGGAAGAGUAUUCCAAAGUCUGUGUGCCUCAGCAUGCUCCUCAUCAAUAAAUUUAUCAAAAAGCACAA